CGGGGAGAGGAACAGGUAGAGCGCCGUGGGCUCCUAAGGGUCCGGAAACAAGUGGACAAAAGAAUCCGAGGCGAUCCAGUCUGCACCAGGCAUGGGGCAAGUCUGAUGAAGCGCAUUGUGGUGUACAGUUCGUUCGACCUGGUCCUUUUCCGGUUGGGUCAGCCGGGCAUGGGAAUGGCAAGGCGAAGGUUGGUUACUCCCAAGCCCGUUCUGUCCGCCCAGAGCUUCCACUUCCGUGAUGGCUCGUGCUGGUAGACAGGGAUGACAGUCACUGUAACAUGCUCCGCCUGCAAAGCUACAGCAGCUGCCUGCUCAGGAGCUCAGAGGAGACUUUGGGGAAAAUACUGUGUCCAGAGAUUUUAUGUCUGCCCAACAUUUCUUAAAAUAGGGUAGGACAUGCUUGGGGACCAUAGAGGAAUUGCUUUGUUCUAGAACAGCACUGUCCAGGGUGGUGGCUGCUGUCCACGUGUGGCUAUUUAAAAUACAUUAAUUAACAAGAAAAAACAUGAAAAAUUCAAGUCUUUAGCCAGAUUUCAAGAGCUCAGCAGGCACGUGAGUCUCGUGAUGACGCUACCGGACGGGCGCGGUAGGACCUCUCCCUCGUGGCAGGACGUCCGCUGAGCAGCAUGGCUCCAGAGAACCUGCUCUUGUCGGUGACAACGGCAGAGACAUAUUCCUAGCGGGGACGUCUGUGGAAACAGUGCACUUAGCUGUUCGCCUAACCACAGAGGGGCCUUCAGAGGGAGAGACGACAAAGGAGAAGCGCUAUUCGGGAAUCACCGGUUCAGCGAUGAAUACAGAGGCAGAGCAGCAGCUCCUCCAUCACGCCAGGAAUGGCCACGCCGAGGAGGUGAGGAAGCUGCUGGAAACCGUGGAGAAGAACGAAGCCAUCGCCGACAUCAACUGCAAAGGAAGAAGUAAGUCUAACCUGGGCUGGGCCCCUCUGCACCUGGCCUGCUACUUUGGACAUAGACAAGUGGUCCAGGCCCUGCUAAAGGCGGGAGCAGAAGUGAACGUCCUGAACGACAUGGGCGACACGCCCCUUCACCGAGCGGCCUUCACGGGGCGAAAGGAGUUGGUAAUGCUGCUUUUAGAAUACAACGCCGAUCCCACCGUUGUUAAUGGGAGUGGACAGAGAGCCAAAGAGGUCACUCAUGACAGAGAGAUCAGAAACAUGCUCGAAGCUGUAGAAAGGACUCAGCAAAGAAAGCUUGAAGAAUUACUUUUAGAAGCAGCAAGAGAAGGAAAAACAGCAGAACUCAUAGCUCUGCUCAACAGCCCCAACCCCCCUGACGUCAACUGCGCGGACCAGCUGGGGAACACGCCCCUGCACUGCGCGGCCUACCGGGCCCGGGGGCCUUGCGUGCUGGCGCUGCUGAAGAGUGGAGCCGACCCCAGCCUGCGGAACAGGAACGACCAGAAGCCGCUGCACCUGGCCCAGGGCGCCGAGGUGAAGCACCUCCUCUCCGGGAACACGGCCCUGUACCGAGCGCUGAGGCGGUUUGAAGGUCCCCUCUGGAAGAGCUCGCGGUUUUUCGGCUGGAGGCUGUUCUGGGUGGUGCUGGAGCACGGCGUCCUGUCCUGGUAUCGGAAGCAGCCCGACGCCGCCCGUAAGAUUUACCGCCAGGGGUGCAAACACCUCACGCAAGCCGUGUGCACGGUCAAGCCCGGUGACAGCUGCCUCUUCUCCGUCAAAUGCUUUGACGACUCAGUUCAUGGCUUCAAGGUCCCUCAGAACAGCCCUCCGCAGGCCAGAGAGGACUGGCUGCAGGCGAUCGAGGAGCACGCGGCCUACAGCACGCACUACUGCUCCCAGGACCAGGUGCCGGACGAGGAGGAGGAGGAGGCAGGCUCUGCUGGGGACCUGCAGGCGUCCUUGGAGAAAGCGCAGGCCUGCCGGCAGCGACUGGAUAGGGAACUCGCUGGUUUUCUCCAGAUGGUGAAGGAGUGCGAAGUGGCUGAAGAGAUGCUUCCGUCCUUUCUUCAGAAAGUCGAUGUUGUCUCCGAGGCUUCGAGGGAGACCUGCGCGGCGCUGAGCGACUGCCUCACGCUCCUCGUGAAGCAGGAAGGGGCCAGGAACUUCAAGUUGGAGCAGGAGCAGGAGAAAACCAAGAUCCUGUCGGAGGCCCUGGAGGCGCUGGCCACGGAGCACCAUGAGCUAGAGCAGUCGCUGGUGGCCGGCUCCCCGCCCAGCGUGCUCAGCGAGGACGAGUUCUACGAUGCGCUGUCAGAUUCCGAGUCCGAGCGGUCCCUGAGUCGGCUGGAGGCGGUGACCUCGUGCUCCCGUGAAGAGGAAGGGCAGCGUCCGAUCCCAGGAAAGCACAGGAUGUCCGAGGGCCAGGACUGCGGCGGGGGCGACGCGCUCUCCAACGGCAUCAAGAAGCACAGGUAGGGACCUUGACUGUCACUCCAUCUGCGUCUCCCGGCCUCCUCCCCGGCCGCGCUGGCUGAGCUGGGGCUGCAGCCUCAGAGAAACAGUGCGGUCAGUGUGUGUCCACAUAGAGGAGACGCCGUACGGCCGGGGCCGGAGCGGGCCUUCGCACCGGC